AUGAAUCUCAAUAUCAGCGUUCUCUUUUGUAUCUUGUGUCUUCUGAGUCGCGCCGUUUCACCUGCCGAGGACGAAGAAGAAGCGGCUCUCAAACUGCUCGCUUCUUUUGACAUCGACUAUAUCAGCGGAAUGAAAGAGUGUGAGUUGCGAGCUCGACCCGAAACUAUUCGGAAACUUCAGUGAGUACUCUCGGAUUGUGGUGGAAGAUCGGACGGAUGAGAUCGCGGUCAAAAUCGGAAUUCUCGCUACCUACUUUCGAGUUUUGAAGAGACUCGUCGCGUGGGGACUGGAAGAGAACGGGUAAAAUGAGCGGAAUGUACGGAAUUCUACGACCAGAGUCAGAUUUGAGCAUUUGUAUCCGACUCCCGCGUACGAUUUCGACGUGAGUUUGGGCAGUGAGUGCAAGUACGGACUGGAGAAGUGUUUGGACACGAUGAUGAAUAAUAUUAGUGGAAUGCAACCGUGGAUUCUACAGGACAACGUUGAGAUGGAGUCAGUUUCAAGACAAAAGCAAAUUUUUCUCGAAAUUAUUGAACAGCGAGCCGAACGGCACGUGUCGGCCGCGAAAUUUCGCAUUUUUGAGGAUAUCGCGUAAAGCCUAGCACAUUGGCUCCGUAUCGCAAAAGCUCUUAAGACACUAAGAUUAUCGUUACGCAGUAAUUUAGGGCGGAAAAUUCCACUAAUUUAUGUUGAAACGCACUUGAAAAAUGAUAAAAGUAUUCAGUGAGCUGGCUUUGGACAAAAUGAUCGACAACCAGCGCAUCGGAAUGGAGAUAUCCGCAUCUCAGGUGAGAGAAACGAACGCAUCUGCAUGGGGGAAUGGGCUAAAAAGAAAAAGAAUGCUCAGAAGUUGCAGAACGACCCGCCGUAGUGUAUACAAGUGGUUUUGUGAGGUACGAAAAGCUUGAAUUCAACCGACUGACAAGAUGUUUUGAAUUGAAAAAUGAUUCAUUCUUUUGUGAGAGUUCCGAAAAUGUGAUGUGGCAAGCUUUUGAUGAUUCAAUAUCGACAAAGUCUCUUUUCUAGUCGCAUUUCUGUCAUGCUGUCCUGGAGCUAGUGAGAAAUGCGCAAAUGUAAGCCUACUAUUUAUUUACAACAACGUAGUCGACUCGACGCCCCAAAAAACAAGGCCUCCGCCGUGGAAAGUGUGGGUGGUGGGGGAGAGUGGGAGGAGAGAGCGUUCAAGACGAGGAGCGCGCAGACAUCCGAACCAUCCGCAGUGGCGGUGGCACAUGGCAAGCAAGCGGACGACGCGUUCAGGGCACACAAAAGAGGGGAAGGGGGACAAAAAAGGACCACUGUACAGGUAGCGGACGGGAGAAGGAGAGAGAUAGAGCGGGAGUCAUUAGGAGAUGAUGGACUGUAGUUGAUUGGCGUGGGAGAGGAAAGGAACGAGAAAAAGUGGAAGGAAGCGGAGAAGAAAGGAAGAGAAGGAGGAGAAGAAGAAGCGGCAUUUGAUUAAAUGAAAGGAGACGAAACGGAAAGAUCCGAUAAGUCUUGAGGGCGCGGGAGAGGGGAUAAUGGAGAGACACGAAGAAGACGAAAGGUGAUAACGGUGAUAAGUGAGGGCAUGUUUUACGCCCGAAAAAAGACAAUUAAUUGAGAUGCGUGCGAUCUUUUGUUCAUGUUGAAUUCAGAUCCUCUGCUAUCUGACCAACUCCAGAAUAAAAGCCUUCGAGCACAUCCCUUACUGCUCUUACCGUAUUCAACCACCUCAUUCCAAGCCAAUUGUAAAAAGACACGCUUUAUGUCUUCCUUCAUGAAGUCUGUUUCAUAGAUUUGGACGGGCGAAAUCUUCUCCACGUGGAGUACUAACCCAAUCAUCGACGAGUUCAUCGGAAAGCCGUACGAGUGUGCCACAGAAAGGUACAGUAGUCAUUCCAUCCAUCACUUAAUGAUUCCCGUUUUGUUCUCCAGUUUCUGUCCGGAUCCGUGCUGUUCCCGCGUGCCGUCCGUCGUCCGUUCGUCUCCGAAAUACGCGCAUCUCUGCAAGAUGAACACGUGUCAGAAGCAUUCAACUUGCCUCGUCAAGGUUCGAAAUCACUUACAUCUCUGUCAUUUUUCCGUUUGUUUUCGCAUUUCAGCAUUUCGAGAAUGACGAUUUGUCCAAAUUGCGACUCAACCAGUUCAAUAUCAACUGUGGCUGCGACGUAAGUUUCGUGCUCUUUCUGAAAUCGAAAAAUUGAAAUAACGGGUGCUAUUUACUGUCACUCCUAUUCAAGAUCGGGACAGUUCAAAGUGAAGGCGCUCUGUUGAGAAACCCAUUUUUUUUCUCAUCGCAGGAGCCUAAUUUUUCAGCCGUGAAACGAAAAAAGAGUUUCAGUUGUUUUUCAUAUAAAUUCUGGAAAAAUUUUCUCACCGGGCUAGAGAUCACAAUUUCAACAGAGCGUAUUCACUUUGAGAUGCUCCAAGAGGCGCAUUCUUGUAAAUUUCGUGGCCUAAAUUUCACGUGGUAUUUUUGAAGAAUGCGAUGGAGCGAAAUAGCAAAACAUUUGUGUCGACAAUACAGGAAAAGUUUAGCGAGUCACAUGUUAUACUUUGAAGCUGCGAAGUGCGCUGAAACUGAGCAAACAAACGACGAACUUGAUUAGAAGGAAACACGCAAAACAAAUGAUGAAUAAUGUGUGUUUGAAGCGGUUGCCACGACAACAAACUUGAGUACGCGUGAGCCACCCUGUAGAAAGAGAGCGAGAAACAUUAUAGAAAACGCGGAGACGAAUUGAUUGUAAUCAGUCCUCCGAAAUUGCGAAAUUACCGUAGUUGGCGGCGAGCGCCUUCGCAAACAUUCUCCUUCUGAUAACAUGAAAAACACGUCACGCGACGGCUGCUUCUCGUGCCGUUCUGUCUCAAGGACACGCGUCGGACAGGACGAAAGAAAGAACAAACAUCUGAAUGUGUCUUUUUCUUCAGAAACCCGGCACCAUCUACCGUCCCGACAUCGGCGCCUGCGUCAAUCACAAUCCGUGCACAAAGCAGUCACUGUGUCGGGAAUACGGUCAGGAAUGCGUGAACACUGCUUCCGGACACAAGUGCAUCUGCCAACUUGGCUACUUCCGGAAUGGCUCCAACUCGUGUGCUCCGCUCCAAAUCUCGCCUCCUCCAUAUCACGGAUUCGCCCUUUCGGAAUCUAUGGAUGAAUUAUAA